GCUCGAGAGGAGUCCGCAAGACAUCGGCCGGGAACCUUGCGACGACUCUUCGGAUAAUGUAAAGUCAACCGCUUGAGUUAGGCACUUUUCUCUGUAUAAAACAUUGCUCUUCUGUACGCCAUUUGCUCAACUGCAACUGAAUCCAAAAGUCUCAACCACAGCUAGUGCUCAUGGCGAACUCACGACAGCCAGGCGGUUUCUGUGGAGGAUAUGCAGGGGAGAUGGGUUUCCAGUCAUAUCCGAACACUGGAACGGGCUGUGAUCCAGAGAACCUCCUCGAUGAUAUAAUUGAACUUCUUGGAUCCCCACAGAAUCCAACCAUGGAGAUGCAAAUUAACAGCCAACAACACCGUCAACCAGAUGGAACGAUUCAUGGAAAUGGGUUUCCAGAUCAAACCAAUAUCUAUGUUCAAACAACUGGUACAUCUGACAGCCAACAACAUGCUCAACCAACUGGAAAGAGUCAUCAAAUUAGUGUUUCUGUACCGCUGAGUUCGGAUCAAACCAACAUCAAUGUUCAAACAACUCGCACCCCGAGAAUGACUCCGGAGGAGCAGGCUGCGAGGAAGAAGGAAAACGACAAAAGAUUCAGGGAAAAAAAGAAGAAUGAGGUGACAGAAAUGAAAGAUAAAUUGAAGAAAUUUGAAGAUGAGGUGGAGAAGUUAAGGAAAGAGAAGGCAGAAUGGGAACAUGCAAAGGUUUCAAUGGAGGAAGAUUUGCAGUCUGUAACAGCAGUGAGAGAUGAGCUGAAAAACAAUUUUGAAAAUUUGAAGCAAGAAUGUGAUGAGGCAAAGGCCCUUUAUCGAGAGCUAUUACUAAGUCACUUUGUUCCAAAACUCAUUUUGAAAGAAAAGGAUUUGAGGUUCAUAAAGGAGGGGGACAAACAUGAUAUGAAGCCAACACAAUAUCAGUCUUCUUCAGAUGAAGAAAGGCACUCAGAAAAAGAAAUGUCAGCUGGAAACUUAGAUGGUGAUGACUCUGAAGAUGACAAUGUUUGUAAAACGAAAAAGAAGCGUGCGGCCCAUUCAGCUCCAAGUGGAGGUCGUUCUGGCAAGGUUCCUAAGUUACUGUGUUGUAAUGCCACCGCUGAUCAGAGAAAUGGAUCCACAAGUAAUCAUGCUGCCAUGGGCAGGGGUCCCUACUCCGUUGCUGAAUGCAUUCGUAUUUUAAAAACCAUGGGAGGCAUAGACUAUUCUAUCGUACAGAAAGCAAGAGCUAAAUUUGAAUCAUCAAAUGAAAGGGAGUAUUUUGUUGAACUAACUGAAGGUUGGAGAGAGGACUGGGUGAAAGAGUUGAAGACUGAUGCUUGAAGAAAUUUUUCUAGUUAUAUUUAAAAUUUAAGAAGGAACAUUUUUUUCUCUUGGACAUUGGGAACUUUGUUUUGUUUGAAUUAAACUUUUAUUUUGCUU